CAACCCUGGAGCACUUCCGCCCCGUUGUGAAGUGGGUGUCUCGGUGGUUUAAUAUGUGUAAGUUACAGAGCAGUGUGAUGCAGCUCAACACUGACGACACUUCAGUCGCUCGCCUGGAGAAUUCAGUGAGAUUAUGAAUGUGGAGGACUUAGCCCCGGGCCUGGCACCUCACGGGCACUCAGUAAGUGGUGGCUCUGAGGCUGCUGAUCCCAGCGAGGCCCCGGUGUUCCUGGGAAUCUCAGGACUGAGGAGUGCCCUCGUCCGUUCGUCCUGUUACCUCUGUGAAGUCACCCUGCUGUCGGCCGGCUGUGUUGACCUCCCUCUGUGGCGAGGCUGCUGUUCGUAUCUGUCUAAGAGAGUAGCAGAAAAAUCUUUCAGAGCCUUGGGAAGCAUUUCCUCUCCCAGGAGCCCCUUGAAGGACACACCAUAGAUGCAGAAAGACGUGGGAUGGGGACAGCCCAGCUGAUGUGAGGCGUCCAGGAUAGAGCAUGGCUGUAGCGCUGGAAUCCCAGGGCCAGGCGUCUCCCCGCCCAGAGCCUGAAGAACUCCUGAUUGUGAAACUGGAGGAGGACGCGUGGAGAUCAGAAUCCGGACCCCGGGAGAAGGACCAUGACCUCGUCCGUGGCCCUGAGGCCUCCCGCCAGCGCUUCAGGCAGUUCCGGUACAGGGAUGCAGCUGGACCUCACGAGGCCUUCAGCCAGCUCUGGGCGCUGUGCUGUCGCUGGCUGCGGCCGGAGAUCCGCCUCAAAGAGCAGAUCCUGGAGCUGCUGGUGCUGGAGCAGUUUCUGACCAUCUUACCCAGGGAGGCCCAGGCCUGGGUGCAGGCACGCCACCCUGAGAGCGGCGAGGAGGCCGUGGCGCUGGUGGAAGAUUGGCACCGAGAGGCCCGGGCGUCAGGACAACGGGAACUGGACUUGUGUGCAGAAGAGACCAGGCCCUUAAAGAGAAUGCAGGAAUCUCAGAGCUGUCAGCUGCAGCCAACGGAUCACUGGCACAAGGGCCAGUCCCAGAGGCAGUGGGUGAAGAAUCCAUGCCCUGACCUUCCCAAGCAUCUAGACACCAAGAUGGUGCCCCAGACCUUGAAAGAGAGUGCUGUCCUCACUCCCCGAGCCCCUGCUCUCCCAAAGAUGGGGAGCGUUGGAGAUUGGGAGGUGACAGCUGAGUCUCAGGAAGCCCUGGGCCCUGGCAAACAUGCUGAGAAGGAGUUUCUCAAGAACCCCCCAGGAGACAACUGUGGGAAUGGCGUGUCCCUGGUAGUUCCAGUUUCAAAAGCAAAUAUCAUCUCCCAGCGAGAGCAAGGACCAGAAUUUUUGGGUCCAAGUCUUAUAAAUUCUGGAAAAAGGAACACUGCAGAUUAUAGCCUGGAUGUUGAGCAAACAAAACCGGCUCCAGCAUUGGUCUGGAGGGACUCCAGAGCCUGGGAAGAACAGUACCAAUGGGACGUGGAGGACACGAAGGUGUCAGGUGUGCACUGGGGCUACGAGGAGACCAAGACUUUCCUGGCCAUUCUGAGUGAGUCCCCCUUCUCUGAAAAGCUCCGGACUUGCCACCAGAACCGCCAGGUGUACCGGGCCAUUGCCGAGCGGCUGAGGGCACGGGGCUUCCUGCGGACACUGGAGCAGUGUCGCUACAGGGUCAAAAACCUCCUGCGGAAUUACCGGAAAGCCAAGAGCAGCCACCCACCGGGGACCUGUCCCUUCUACGAGGAGCUGGAGGCCCUGGUGAGGGCUCGGACAGCCAUCAGAGCCACAGAGGGAGUGGGAGAGGCUGUGACACUUCCCAGGCUGGGGGAUAGUGAUGCAGAGAUGGAAGAGCAGGAGGAAGGGGGCUGGGAGCCUGAGGAAACAGCCGAAGUCUGUAAUGGUGAUGAUCUGGCCACUGAUGAGUCCGCCCAGGGGCCCAGGAUUCCAGGGGGCCCGGCUCUGUUCCAAAGUCGUAUUGCAGGUGUGCACUGGGGCUACGAGGAGACCAAGGCCUUCCUGACCAUUCUCAGCGAGUCCCCAUUCUCUGAAAAGCUUCGCACCUGUCACCAGAACAGCCAGGUGUACCGGGCCAUUGCAGAGCGGCUGUGUGCACAGGGCUUCCUGCGGACACUGGAGCAGUGUCGCUACAGAUUCAAAAACCUCCUUCGAAGCUACCGGAAAGCCAAGAGCAGCCACCCACCGGGGACGUGCCCCUUCUAUGAGGAGCUGGACUCGCUGGUGAGGGCGCGGACUGCGGUCAGAGCCAUGGGGACCGUCGGGGAGGCAGCGGGUCUCCCUACGACUGGGCAGAGCAGUACUGAGGCUGAUGAGCAGGAGGCCUGGGAUGAGACGGCAGACGAAGAUGCCAUCAAACCUCCAACCCCAUGCCCUAAAACCCCAGACACUGGUUUUGAGAUGAGGCAUGAAGAUGAAGACCAGAGUUCAGAGCAGGAUAUUUUUGAGGAUUUGCCUGGCGCUUUAUCAAAAUGUACCACAGAAAUUGUUUGCCACCCUCAUGACUGGGGGGAAGACAGUGAAAAUGAAAAUGAAAAGCAGUGGGGAAAUCCCUCACAGGAACAGUGGGAAGAAUGUUCUUCUGAAGAGGAUUUAGAAAAACUUAUUGACCAUCAAGGAUUGUACCUUGCAGAGAAACCCUACAAGUGUGACACGUGCGUGAAAAGCUUCAGUCGGAGCUCCCGCUUCAUUGCCCACCAGCGGACACACACAGGUGAAAAGCCCUACAGUUGCCUCAAAUGUGGGAAAAGUUUUAGUGACCGCUCCAACCUCAAUACACACCAGAGAAUUCACACUGGAGAGAAGCCCUAUAAAUGUCUCGAAUGUGGGAAAAGCUUUAGUGACCACUCAAAUCUCAUCACCCACCAGAGAAUCCACACAGGGGAAAAGCCCUAUAAAUGUGGGCAAUGUUGGAAAAGCUUCAACCAGAGCUCAAACCUUCUGAAACAUCAGAAGAUCCACUUGGGAGGAAAUCCUGACCACUGUAGUGAGCCCGGGGAAAACUUUGGCCCGAGCCCAUCCUUUAGUGCCCACUGGAGGAGCUUGACAGAGGCGACGUCUCCUGAACAGCCUCAAAGUGCCAGUCAGAACUUGAAUUCCCCUGGACCGCACAGCACCAACUCAGGGGAGAAACUUUAUCAGUGUUCUGAAUGUGGAAGAACCUUUUCCAAGAGCUCUGCCCUCAUUAGUCACCAAAGAAUCCAUACAGGUGAGAAACCAUAUGAAUGUGCUGAAUGUGGGAAAAGCUUCAGUAAGAGCUCCACGCUGGCUAACCACCAGCGGACCCACACUGGAGAGAAGCCGUAUAAGUGUAUGGACUGUGGGAAAUGCUUCAGUGAGCGCUCCAAGCUCAUCACACACCAGAGAGUGCACACAGGAGAGAAGCCCUACAAAUGCCUUGAGUGUGGAAAAUUCUUCCGUGACCGUUCUAACCUCAUUACUCACCAGAGGAUUCAUACAGGAGAGAAGCCUUAUAAGUGCAGAGAGUGUGGGAAAUGCUUUAACCAGAGCUCCAGUCUUAUUAUUCACCAGAGAAUCCACACUGGGGAGAAACCCUACAAAUGCAUGGAGUGUGGCAAAGACUUUAACAAUAGCUCCCACUUCAGUGCCCACCGGAGAACCCAUGCAGGAGGGAAAGCAUCGUAGGAGACAACUCCCCCAACAACAAAAGAGAUAAACGUGUAUUUAAGUCUCCCAAGAUCAUAAGAUUUAUGGUAGAAAGAAACACUCCCAAUUUUCAAGCUUGUGCAUACCCAGGGGAGUAAUCCUGAUAUAAUCCAGGUCAUUUGGUAGUGAAUACAAAUGCUAAGGAUACGGAUUUGAAGGCACUUUUCCUAAGUGUAAUUUGUUUUUCUCGUGUAAAAAACCUACUCUCUGGCCUGAGCAGUGAUUCCAAACCAUACUCUGCCUUCACACUUGUCCGCAUGUACACACACCCCAUUGGCACACGUUGCAAAUUCUCCUACCUGGCAGUUUUCAGUUGGGGCGUAUCCUCACAGGAGAACUUGGAGACUCUGGUGAGAGAGGGGCAUAACUCAGAAGCACUGGCCUAAAGCAAGCCACUGUGAGCUCAGUAAAAAGUAGGAACAGUGACAUAUUAACAAAUCAUUGUUAAUGGCAAAAAUAGCCAGUAUUUAUCGAGCAUUUGUUUUUCAGCAGGCUCUGUGCUAAACACUUUAUACACAUCAUCUCAUUUAAUCCUUACAACGGCACCAGGGGGUAGGUAAAAACAUUCUCCCCAUUUCCCAGAAGAGAAGAGUGAGGCUCGGGAAACAAGUAACUUGCUUGGGUCUCACAUCUGAAAAUGGCAGAGACAGGAUUCAACCGUGUCUGUCUGUCUACAGAGCCUGAGGAGCUCUUCCUGUCAUACUGAAUCCCGUUUCACAUUAGGACAGGUAACUCAGGUGCCAGGAUCUCAAAGCAAGCACUUUGUAGACCACAUUUCCUGUUAAGAUUCCUUUAUGAAUUCUUUUAACAAGUAUGGAAACCUAGAAUGCCUAAAGAUUAAAGGUCUUGAGAUACUCAGAA